GCGCAAUGUCGGCCGGCUUUUAUACACACUGACUUCUAACCUAACGCGAUUACUUUAUUGCUUUAGUACAAACAUUUCACUCUAUCCGAAACAGUGACCUUUCAAAUCAGUGCAAAAUCUUAACAAAAAUAAACCAUAAUCAUGGCGCACGAACCGGAAGGAUUCUUCAAAAAGUUUCACGACGCGAUAAACAGUUCCAUAGACGACGUAACGAGAAAUAACUUCACCAAUUUAGAAACAAACUCGAAACGCGUUUCGUAUUUGUGCGGUCUUCCAGCGAUAAAGAAUUACGACUUAACUAACGAGUUGGAAAAAUGUCAGACAGGCGGCGAAUUUCCUGUGAAAAAAGACUUGGAAAAGGCGUUGCAGUUGAAGGAUGAAGGAAAUAAAGCAGUGCAGAAAGGGAACUGGGCCAAAGCGUUGGAAUUAUACAGCCACAGUAUGGUCUACAUGCCAAAGAAAGAAACCGAGGAGCUCUCCAUCGUGCUGGCAAACAGAUCGGCAGCAUUAAACCACUUGGAGCAGUAUGAGGAGACCCUGGCGGACAUCAGACGGUGCCUGUCCCUUGGGUACCCGCGCCAUCUGCGCUACAAGGUACUGGAGAGGAAGGCCCGGUCGCUGCUCGUGCUGAAGAGAAAUCAGGAGGCUAUUACUGCUUUUCAGGACACAAUCUGCGCUUUAGACGAAGCCUCCAAACUGGAUAAAGAAAAACGUUCAAAAAUGCGGACAGAUGCAAAACUUAUGCUUGAAGUUCUAAACAGAGGUUUGGUCUUAGCCGGGAAUCCUAAAGACCCAGAGCCUUUGAAAAAGACUCCACCAAAACCGAAGUUACCAGGGAAGCACAACCCGCAGUAUCCAGCUGCGUCGGAAGCUAUACAGAUCGACCAGGAUGCUGAAAGGGGCAGGUUCGCAACAGCAACCAGGGACAUUCAGGCAGGGGAAACGUUGCUGGUCGAAAAGCCUCACAGCGGCGUUCUUUUGGCCGAGUACUCGAAGACGCAUUGUCAGAAUUGCUUUCUGAAAUGUCCAAUUCCCCUACCGUGUCCAAAUUGUCCAAACGUCAUAUUCUGUAGCGACAAGUGCUUAGAGGCCGCGCAGAAAUCAUACCACGCCUACGAAUGCCACAUUCUGCCUCUAAUCUGGAAGUCAGGAUGCUCCGUCACCUGCCACAUAGCUCUCAGAAUGAUUACACAGCACAAAAAGGACUACUUCACUGAACUCUUCAAAGACUUGGAACAGAAACCGUCAGGACCAUACAAAACUGAAGACUACAGAAACAUAUUCCAUUUAGUAGCUCAUGAAGACAAGAGAACCAAGCAGGACUUCUUGCACAGGACUCAGAUGACAGCGUUUUUGGUUAAACUGUUGGAGAUCAGUGGCUAUUUCGAAGGGAAACAGAGAGACAAACCUGUGGAUAUUAGCGAGGUCAAGUCAAUGGCAGUUGAAGACAAGUACAAGGAAGAUGUCGGUCUAUUCGGUGGGCUGAUCCUGAAGAACCUGCAAGUGCUGCAGUUCAACGCUCAUGAGGUGUUUGAGCUCCGGUGCCCGAGGCCGAGGAAAGCUGACCAGAUCAUUAUCAAACAUGAUGGGAAGUCAGUGUUUCUGGCAGGAGCCGUCUUCCCUACUCUGGCUUUGUUCAAUCAUUCGUGUGACCCUAGUGUUGUAAGAUACUUCUGUGGUCCGUACAUCGUAGUGCGGGCCGUCAAGAACAUAAAGAAGGGUGAAGAAGUAGCGGAAAACUACGGACCAAUCUUUACGACCGUAGCCAAAGAGAAGAGGCAGGCUGACUUGAAGGAGCAGUACUGGUUUGACUGUAACUGUCUGCCAUGCCAACAGAACUGGCCCAAGUACGAGGAGAUGACUGAGAACUACAUGAGGUUCAAAUGCGACUCGGAUCAGCCGUGUCCUAAUGUAGUGGCGGUGCCGUAUGACUGCAAGGAGUUCAUGGUGCAGUGUGGACUAUGCCACCAGUACACCAACAUUCUGAGGGGGUUGAAGUCUUUGCAGGACACAGAGAUGCUGUACCGUCUGGGCAAAGCAACAAUGAAUGAGGGCAAGUACGGAGAAGCAAUCAAGAAGUUUGUAGAAGUCCUUAAGUUGUACGAUGCUACACUGGCUCCUCCAUACAAGUCAUACUAUGAUUGUGUCCAGGAUUUGAGACGGUGCAUGUUGUCAAUGGGGAAUUACAGCAUUGUUUAAUUCAUUACUAAUAUUUUUAUUUAAUUUGUAAAGCCUACCAGUCAUUUUAAUAGUUGGUCUAGAAGCAAUAAUACAUUAUUUAUUAUUAUUAAUGUGAAUUUUUUAGUAAUAAGCAUUACAGAAUUAUUAAUAAUUAUUUAAGCCAAAUAUUUUUAUAAUAUUAUGUAAGGUGUUGCAUUAUAUAAAGGUUGCUUUUAGUUUAUGAAAUUGUUUUAAAUUAAAAAAUUGAAAUUA